AUGCGAAUAAAACCACACUCGAUCGAGGAAAUGACAGAAUUGCUUGAACUAGAAAUUAGCAUACGAUUUUAUGGUAACGGUACAGUGAACUCGAAACGAAAGAACGCGUUUUUGGUCAUCAUCGAUCAGCUACGCUUAUGCAAUUUUCCGAUCGCUUUGGUAAGAUUUACACAGAUGUUCGAUCUUAAUUAUUGCAUGAUAGAGUUAUAA